AUGGAGAAACUUCUCAGUACAGAUAUCAACAUGGAGAAACUUCUCAGUACAGAUAUCUUGGAGAAUAUAUUUUCCCGAUUACCUAUUGAGGUGGGGUUACAGGCCAAACGUGUUUGCAAAACUUGGAAAGAUAUCCUCCAAAAUUAUAAAUCUGGUAAGAUGGGUUUCGUUUUCGUUUUCUCUCAUGAAGAUAACUUUGACGGACAUCGAGGGGGUGUACAACAACUUUCCUAUGGAGAAGAGUAUGAUCAUUAUGAUCGGGAAAACCUGAUGAACUACUACUGCUCUCACGACACACUUACGAAGAUAAAGCAUGGCAGAUUUACUACAGAUUAUGUCCGGAGAGAUAUCAUGGUUGGGUCUUGCAAUGGUUUGGUUUGUUUCGGAAGAUAUAUUAAUUAUGCUUGGAGUGCAGUUCCUUAUUUAAUCUGCAACCCGUUUACAGGAGAAUCUGUCGUUCUUCCGGAAUAUAACUACUCUAAAUUUACUCUUGAUAUAUCAGCCACAAAUCGGUGUACAUUAGCAAGUGGGUUUGGAUACUGUCCUUUGACUAAUAAAUACAAGGUUGUUACAAUAUAUUAUCACGAGAAGGAACGAGAAGGACAUGUUCAAGUAUAUACUGUUGGCAGCGGUGAGUGGAGAUACAUUGGCCGUUCCAGCAGCUAG